GAGGAGCUAUUCACACUACGUUAAGCUAGUUUUCUCACUCAGGGUUUGUUGUCAUUUAUUCUUAUCUCAAGUGUCUGCGGGCGGCCAUUAUCCAGAUAACCAAAUCUUCUUCAACAAGAGGAGGCUCUUUGCCACAUUUUCAUCUAGCUUCUCAGAAAGAGGCAUGCCACAGAACGUGUCAGGCAUGAGCAGUGGGCAUACCAGGCGGCGAGAGGAGUUGAAGGUUGUGAUAGUAGGUGAUGGUGGAUGUGGGAAAACCUCCCUCCUCAUGGUUUACACUAAAAAAAGACUUUCCAGAGGUCGAGAGGACUAUGACCGAUUACGGCCCCUGUCCUAUCCGAACGCUAACCUGGUAUUGAUCUGCUAUGAUGUAAAUUGCCCCUCAAAUUAUGACAAUGUCCUAAUAAAGUGGUACCCCGAGGUGCAUCACUUCUGCCAUGGCGUGCCCAUUAUCCUGGUAGGAUGCAAAACAGAUCUUCGGAAAGACAAGGCCUUGGCAAGGAAACUGUGGUCCUCAGGCCAGAACCCCAUCACAUACAUCCAGAAUCUGAGCAGGGUGAAGAGACCGAAAGGAAGAUCAAAGCUGAGCUCUACUUGGAGUGUUCAGCCAAAUACAAGGAGAAUGUGGAGGACAUAUUCAGAGAGGCUACCAAACAAGCCCUUGCAGCAACAAGGAAAUCCAGAAAGGCAAAGAGGAACGGAUUCUGUGCCCUUCUGUGACCCAAGAGAUAAUGAUAUCCACCACCGCGAGCUCCUGAUACAGACAAUACUCUAGCCCUACUCAGGGAAAACACAGAUGAUGACAGACUACUUCUCCCUACGAGUCCUCUUAUAAUAUUGUUGCUGCAUUUUACCCUUCUGCUAACCGACUUCCUUUGUUGUUCCUUCCUGCUAAUUCUUGACACAUUGUCAAAAUGUGUUUCUUUAAUAGAAACGAACAACGCCCUCAAGUUAUAGAACCACAAAUGGGGACAUUUGAUCUUAGAAAUUUAAGGAGGCAUGAGGAAGAAGUUGAAGGUACCAUUGUAUAAUAAUUGAAGGUUCCAUUGUAUUUUUCAUUUUGAUGUAUCCAAAUCUUUUAAUUUAUACAAAAGAGAAGGUUGACUCAAACAGUAAUUCACAUAGUACAUCUCAUAGAUGUAAAAAGAAAACUUUUAAAAAACAUGAUUAAGUGAAGCAACAUAAAUCUGGAUUAGCUUGUAGAAUUCAUUCUUCCAUAAGCCUAGGGUUGUUAUGCAUAAUAACAAUUGCACUUUGAAUUCAGUCCUUCUAAUAACAAUGAAUGUAAUCAGAUAUGACAUACACUAUGUAUAAUGUAUUUCAGAAAUGUUAAUGAUUACCUAAUAAAGAGGUUCUCAAUCCAAUUCACUUACCUUUGGGGAGACUCAGCACAUUGUAACAGAUUUACAGUAUACGACUAUAAAACUAUUCAACCCCUUGGAUUUGGCAACAGACACAAGGCAGUAUAGUCAGAGUAAACAAUUAAGUGGAGCUUAAUAAACCCUCAAACAGAACAUCUUAAAAACAUCAAAUGGCAUUUAAAGGGGAUGUUUUAAAAAAGGCGUCAACCAUCAUCCAAUAUACUGACGCAUAAAAUAAUAAAAAAACGCAAAUAAUCAUGCCAUUAUUUUAUUAAAGUAAUAUGUGCACUUGGAUCGCAUUCAAAGGUUGAUGAUAAAGAUCUGGAGUUUUGCCUCCAUUUAAAUGAAUUUAGAAGUAGCUACUUGUGACUUCACAUAAAUG